AUGAGGCGGAGGGUGAUACACCUCUUUUGGUUCAUGGUUUUUGUGGUGCUGCCUGCUUCCAUCGGUGCAUUCUUUUUCAUCGUCAGCUGCAGGAUGUUUAGCACGUCGGGAGGAUUGCCACUCGAAAACUCGACGCUCACAGACUCGAGCAGGUCCCUCAAGUCCAGCGGGCAAGCUCUCAGCGAUUUUCUGGAGAAUAAGAUCCUCAAGCCGAUUGGUCAUGAAAAUCACUAUCAGCUUUCGAGAAUUGCUUCAGACCAACGCCUGGAAAAUGGCCGGGAUCCUGCAUCAGGCCCUCUUACGUUCGGGCUGAAGAAGAGCGAUGGAGCUGCUGAAUCCGGUGCCGAGACGAAACAAUCUCGAAUCCUUUCCGUUUCUACCACUUCCAGUCAAAUGUUGCACGAAGAACGCCCUUCAUCUGUCCUGGCUUCCAUCUCAACGAGGAGCACCACAAGGCCAGAAGGCAGUGGCGAUGUCAAGAAGCCAAUCGUCGUGGACCUGGAGAGGCAGCACGAACAUUCCAGUAUCGAGGCCAGUGAGGAAGUGGACGAGCCUCUUACGCCCUCCGAUUUAACUGCUCCCCAGGGGCCACAAGAAUGGCUGGAGUUCCCGCUCGUGGAUAAUGAAACAGCUUAUCUUCUGGAGCCUUUUAAUCGUGUCGAUAAAUCUGGAUGCCUGAAUGUCAGGACCAGCAGAAUUCAAAUCAUGAAGGGCCCUCCAGGCUUCAUACAACCUUCAGGCGGCGGCAGCAGCAGCAGCAAGAGGAAGGCUCGUGUUCGUCUGGCAGCGGGGUCCAAAUACGAAGUGAUACUGGCUGCAAUCAGCAACGAUGGGAAGCAGCAAUGUGUCGGAGGCGACUACUUCGAGACGGAUUUGCAGGGCCCCAAGUGGAAGUCGCGGCCGCCGGUGCUGGACCACAACAACGGAACGUACUCCAUCACGUUUCAGAUUCAUCCGCGCUUCGCUGGAGCGCACAAUUUCACGAUAAUUCUGCUGUUCGCCAACUACGAGGGGCUCAACCGGAAUCCCGCCAGAUGGGCUCGCCAGCAAAUAGUUCUGAGCCUCGAAAUCGAUUUUGUCCUGCCCGAGGUCAUCCACACUGUGGCCGACACGUCCUGGAUCUCCAAAAUGCUCAGAAGUGCUUCUCUGUCGUCCUUAGCUCCACCUUCGAGCUCUUCAUCGCUCAAGCUCAGACUUUGUCAGCCGCAGGAUUUCGAGCGCAAGUACUGGACGGGGCGCUGGACUAAAGAGGAGGAGUAUGAGUGCCCGAUGGAUGAGCAGGGCAAAGUGAGCUGCCGUGAUCCCGACGCCCUCGUGGAGGAGGUGUGGAGCGAGGGGCUUCUGUCCAGUCUGAAGAGCGAUGGCUGGGUGUACUCGGCUCACUGCGCGUUCAGGAUUUUCUCGGAGGACGAGGCCUGGAAGUGCUUGAACAACAAGUGGCUGUACUUCUGGGGAGACUCCAACAUGGAAGACACCAUCACGAAUCUUCUGAACAGCGUGCUGGGGUUCAAGCAGAGCUUGUCGAUCAUCCCGAGAGUCUUUGACAAGGUCAUCGACUCACCCAACGAUGGUGGAAAGUAUUCAGUGCGCAUCACCAAUAUCUUCAAUGGGCACCACGAGGUCGAGAGGAAGUGGGAAGGGCUGUCGUCUCUGCUGAACCCGCAGUAUCAGACUUUCAUCCGGUCCCACUUCCAGAACGACACGGCUCCAGAUUUCCUGAUCAUGAAUUCCGGCCUGCACGAUGGCAUGUACUGGAAGAAAGUCGAGCAGUUUCUGCACGAUGGUGUCGAGCACACCUGGAGGUUUUGGGACGAUGUCUGGAAAAACAUGAAGGCCGAAAGACCGAAGAUUAUUUAUCGUUCCACCGUUGCUGCAGGAGGGCAGCAGCGCAUAUUGUCCAUGAAUCCCCAGAAAAUGGAGUUUUACAACCACCUGCUACAAGACAGACUGAGCCAGCUGAAUCCCAAAAACCUGCAAUUUAUCGAUGCAUUCGAUAUUACUUUCCCUUGGCAUUACGACCAUGUGACAAACGACGGUCUGCACUAUGGCCGUCCUCCUGCCAACAUUAAGAGUUUCAUUGCUAAACCUGCAGGCUACAAGAAUUUUGUCGACUUGAUGCUCGGACAUGUGUAUCUGAACGCAAUAUGUGGAGCGUGA